GGCGUAAACUCAACCAUGUUGGUCCCAGCUGACAUGCUGGCCGCUCAAUCGAAAAUGCUCUAUCAAAUCAACAAAUAUUACGGCGAACGAGUGCAAACCAGGAUGGGAACAAUUGCGAAAACGAUACGGGAAGUGUGCAAAGUGGUGCAGGAUGUGCUCAAAGAGGUCGAGGUGCAAGAACCCAGGUUUAUAUCGUCGCUGACCGAAUGCAACGGACGCUACGAAGGCCUGGAAGUCGUUUCUCCCGUGGAAUUCGAGGUUGUUUUGUACCUCAAUCAAAUGGGAGUGUUCAAUUUUGUGGACGAUGGAACGUUGCCCGGUUGUGCGGUUCUGAAGCUGAGCGAUGGCAGGAAGCGCUCAAUGUCGCUUUGGGUCGAGUUCAUUACCGCCUCUGGCUACUUAUCAGCUAGGAAAAUACGGUCCCGGUUCCAAACGCUCGUUGCUCAAGCUUGUGAUAAAUGUUCCUACAGAGACUCAGUGAAAAUGAUCGCGGAUACAACCGAAGUGAAGCUGCGGAUCAGAGAACGAUAUAUUGUGCAAAUUACACCAGCUUUCAAGUGCUCAGGAGUGUGGCCCCGAUCGGCUGCUCAUUGGCCUCUGCCUCACAUUCCCUGGCCUCAUCCCACUUUGGUAGCCGAAGUGAAAACCGAAGGUUUCGAUCUGCUGAGCAAAGAGAGUAUUGCAGCGCAAGGCAAACAGUCCUCGAUGGAAGGCGAUGCAUGGGUUUUGUCCUUUCUGGAGGCGGAAAAUCGGCUCCUCCAAGGGGGCUGCAGGCGGCGCUGUUUGAGUAUCCUCAAAACCCUAAGGGAUCGUCACCUGGACCUUCCUGGCAACCCGGUGUCGAGCUACCAUUUAAAGACGCUUCUUUUGUAUGAAUGCGAAAAGCAUCCGAGGGAGUGCGAGUGGGACGAGGCGUGUAUAGGCGACCGAAUCAACGGCAUUUACCUCCAACUCAUUUCCUGCCUGCAGUGCCGAAGAUGCCCGCAUUAUUUCAUUCCCAAUUUGGACUUGUUCAAAGGAAAAUCGCCUAGUGCGCUGGAAAAUGCGGCCAAACAAGUGUGGAGACUUACACGCGAACUGCUUACCAAUAGCCGAUGCUUGGAAAAGCUUUAAACUCUCUUUUUGCUGGCGAUUUACCAUAAAAUCCUUUGGGAUAUUUUCGAACAAAUCAGUGAACAUUUUGUGCCAUAUUUUCAAGUACCCUGUUAGUGUAUAAAGAUACUGUGCAUUUAUUUUCGUUAAGUAAAUUAUUCGUAACUUAAACUAGUAUUAAAUGUGAUUUUUUAUAUUGUUGCAAUUUGACUGAAAGCUUUAAUCUACCCUUAGAAUCUUCACUAGAUUAACUUUAAGCCUGAACUUAAGCUUCUAAACUGUUUGUUGUUUUAUACUAUAUUUAUUGGUUUUAUUGCUACUAGACUACGUGUUUUGUUUAAAAUUUGUGUUGUCAAUGAUUGUUUAGAGAAAAUAAACAAAAUGUUUCUUCUAUU